UUGUCUAUGGUCUGGUACCAACCUGAAAAAAAAGAUUUUUUGUGUGGUGGGGAAGUGAAUGUUUGUGAAUUUUGAUUUUAGAUAUUUUUUUACCAAGAAUUUGGAACUAAACCAUAUGAAAAAAGACAAAAACCAUAAGAUAAAAGACAAACAUUUUCGAAAUGUUUGACCUCAAAGUGUGCACGGUGUGUUUACAAAUGGAUGUAAGAUGUUACAACAUGAAUGCGAAUAGUGGUCAAUUGAGGAAGGAUUACAAUAUGAUUGCAGGUUUAGAGACCCAGCAUGGAAAUGGUUUACCUGAAUACUUGUGCUACCAGUGCACAGCUCAGGUGCAAAAAUGCAAAAGUUUUCGUGACAGGUGUCAAAGGGCAUAUUUUGUCCUACGAGAGAUAUUACAUAGGAAUAAAGAGAUAACAAAACCCAUCAUCGAAGAAUUAGAUGCUAACACAUUAAACAUUGGUCCAACUUUGUCAUUCCUCAGUAAAGAAAGUGUUAAAUCAAAGUUUGACAGAGUAAAGUUUAAAUGGAUCAAAACGAUUCGCAUGAGCAUAGACCCUCAGGAAAAGAUACCUGUGAUACAAUACGGACCUCAGUACGACCAAAUGUCCUUUGAAGAAGCAACUCAGAAAGUAACAGAAAGUAGUAUUAAAAACGAGAAUGACUGUGUAGAUCUAACGAAUGAAGAUUGCAAUACAGAAUUGGAUGUGACAGAAAAUUUUUUCAAUGUCGAUUAUGAAUAUCAGAAUGAUAAAGAUUUUGAUGUUGAUAUUGAUAUAGAUACUAACGAAAUUGAUACAAAAGUUGAUAUGGAUGCAGACGGGUCUCAGUUGAAUGAGGAAUACGCGAUCAUGGUUCCUAUAAGUAUGAACGAAGCAAGCGCGGCGGCUGAGAUUUGUAAAUUGGCUACGAAGGGCAAAUAUAAGUGCAAUGUUUGCGAGAGGACGUACUGUAAUGCAGACCGGCUUAAAGCUCAUAAGAGGAUGCAUGAAAAGCAUAUAAGUGGAACGUAUCGAUGUGUGCUAUGCGACUACUACUAUAAGACUGAGUUCCUACUGAAAACACAUAUGACUGAUAAACAUAUGUACAAGUACCUUUGCAGAGAGUGUCCGCAAGUCUCAUUUGACAGACCUAGCGCAAAAAGGCAUUUCGUGUGGACCCACAUACAAAAAAAGAAACCCAUCGCUGAUCGAAAAUCCAGACCGAAAUGGUUGCGAACUAAAAAAGUUAAAAAAAGUAAAACACGCCCACAACAAGGGAAAAAAUUGAACAAAAUACCAAAAGAUUUCCUCACUUACACGCCAAUAAGUCAAGAAGAGCAGUACAGGUUGGUGAACGAGAGACAAAACAGUAGGAAUUACAUAGAGUCAAUGUACAAGUGUGAUUAUUGCUUUAAAGGGUUCAGAGAAGACGUUACGUACACCAAACACAUGCAGAAACAUGAUCCUGCUAUCUCGGGCAACUACCAGUGCGACAUGUGCAAGAUAUACUGCGUGAACGCGCGCAAGAUGUACAAGCACAUGAACAUCACACAUCUGUUCAAGUACACUUGCAAGCCGUGCAACUAUGUGUGCUACAACAAGGGUCAAGCGGGGAACCAUUAUAAAUGGCACCAGAAUGUGACAUACCCGUGUCCGCACUGCGAUAAAGUGUUCUAUAAGAUAUCGACGCGCCUGACGCACAUCCGCAUAAAGCACCCGUCGAUGUACAUCUGCAACCUGUGUGGACACAGCUUCGUCAGCGAGACCGGACUCUACUGCCACAAGAAAAUUGCUCACAGCCAACAGGAAGUCGAUGACGAUACCGGCUCAGUGGAUACAUCUGACCCGCUGUACUGCUCGGAGUGCGGGAUUCAGUUCCGCGAUGACGCUGCCUUCGCUACCCACUUCGGGUCUUCCAACAAACAUGCUGAUACCAACCUAUCGAUAAAGCCGGUGCGCACCAAGGUCGCCCGCAAGGCCCGCGGCAGGCCGCGCCGCGACAACACCGACAUCGUCAACAACGGCGUGCCCACCGCCACCAACUGCGAGAUUUGUCAAGUGUUCCUGCCGUCGGACGCGGCCGCCAGCCGCCACUAUGAGGCGGAGCACCCCGGUGCCGACUAUCUCAAGCGAUACAUGUGCGACAUCUGUGGACACACCACUAGGCAAUACGCCAACCUAAUGGUGCACAUGCGCACGCACACGCGCGAGAAGCCGUACGCGUGCCCGCACUGCGAGCGCCGCUUCAGCAUGCCGAGCAACAGGGACAGACAUCUGGUGGUACACACAGGCGAAAAGCGCUACCAAUGUCAACACUGCAACCGCCGCUUCACUCAGAGCAGUGCCGUCAAACUGCACAUACAAACCGUCCACCUCAAGAUCCCUUACGCGCCCUGGGAUAAGAAGAACCGUAAGCGACGCCGCGAGGCCGAAGCCCCGCCCUCGCCGCCCCCCGCUCGCCCCACCACCACCACCCGGAGAAUAGUGAUAGACGCGGACAACUACUUGAGUGCAUACAUCACUUAUAAUGAGUAAAAUAACUAUUUGAGUGAGAAUUUUUAAAAUUAGUAUGGACUUUCCUAUCGUGCUUCAAUUUUGUACAGCGCCAUCUAGUUUGUAGUAUAUAAGUUGCUGAAUCACUAGCGAGAUUUAGGCCGUGCGCCCACCACACUCAACUGAAACCUAAAGAUCCUCGCCCUCGCUGAAACCUAAAAAUGAAUAAAGCGCCCUGAGAUAAGAAGAACCGUAAGCGACGCCGCGAGAACGAAGCCCCGGAGAACAGUGAUUGAUGCGGAUAACUACUUGAGUGCUUACAUCACUUAUAAUGAGUGAAGUGAUAACUGCUUGAGUGACAUUUAUCUAAAACUUUGCUAUCGUGUUUGAAUUCCGUACAGUGACAUCUAAUUUGUGAAAUAUAAGUUGCACAAGCGAGAUAGCAGAGGCAUCAUCGACACAUAGUGACCCUUGUUUGAGUACGCCUAAAACUUUCCUACCGUGCUCAACUUUGUACAGCGCCAUCUAGUUUGUAAUUUAUGUUGCUGUAGCUCAAGCGCGAUGUAGAGUAACUCCCUCGCGCGUGCGACGGACUGUACUCUCGAAUACUAAACCCUUAAAUAUGUAAAUACAUUAUAGUUUUGUGUGAGAAUCAGUUUCUAUACUAUACUAUGCUAUGCUAUGCUAUAUUAUGAUUAAACUUUAUACAU